AUGCCCUUACAUCCUAUGGAACCGAAACAGCAAAUACUGUCCCCGGAAUCCCGCCAACUUCAGUGUUUUAUGGAUGUUGUUCCUGUCUUUAUGGUGUUUUUGUUUGCCUCUUCUAUGACAGCGACAUCUGCAAUUGAUGACUGCGGUGCUCAGAUGUCAAUGGGUCACUUCCUCGUCGACUGGCCUUUUCCAGGUCCAUUCCUCGAGGCCUUCGGGCUCAAUGCUGUGUACCGCAUGGCCCCGGGCAUGCUUGUCUCUUUGGUCUAUGUCCACUGCAAUACCUCCGAAUCACCCCCAUCAUGA